AUGGGUUACUCCAAAAGUAGCAUUGGAAAACUGGCUAUGGUCUCUCUUCUGUUCCUCGGAGUUGCCUUUGUGAUCAUUCUCAUCUGGUCUCCGUCCUUUUCCAAUGUUUUGCAUUCAUUCCCACUACACAACUCAUGUUCGUUGUCAAACAAGAUCACCCUGAACGUUUCAAAAGAUGAUCUUGAAACAGCUUUGGAGGAAGCUUCAGCAGAAAACAAGACACUGAUAAUUGCCGUAGUAAACAAGGCUUACGUUGAGGGUGAAGGAAGGACAAUGUUAGAUCUCUUCAUGGAGAGUUUCUGGCUUGGUGAAGGGACUCGACCCUUGAUCGAUCACCUUCUCCUCGUGGCAGUCGAUCAAAUAGCCUUUGAUCGGUGCAAGUUUCUCAGGCUUCACUGCUACAAACUUGUAACUGAAGGGGUCGAUUUUGGAGGGGAGAAGUUCUUCAUGUCAGAUGACUUCCUCAAGAUGAUGUGGAGGAGAACUCUCUUCCUUGCCGAUGUUCUCAAAAGAGGGUACAGCUUCAUCUUCACGGAUACAGAUGUAAUGUGGCUAAGGAAUCCGUUCUUGAGGUUGAGCAAUGACAACAGCAGCGAUCUCCAGAUCAGUUGUGAUAAAUUCAAUGGCAACCAGUGGUCUGAAGCGAAUCCCAUCAACACCGGGUUCUACUAUGUGCGAUCGAACAACAAGACGAUCGCUUUGUUCGACGCCUGGUACGCCAUGAAGAACAGGUCUCAGGGGAUGAAUGAUCAAGGCGUUCUGGAGAGAAUGAAGCGGAGGGGAGAGUUCAGACGGCUUGGGCUCAGAGUGAGGUACAUGGAUACAGUGUAUUUUAGCGGCUUCUGUAGGGAGAGCAGAGAUAUUAGGGCAGUGACGACCGUCCAUGCCAACUGUUGUCGUAGUAUCAAUGCAAAGCUGGCCGAUCUAACUGUUGUCCUUAGAGACUGGAGGAAGUUCAUGAGUUCAUCCAAUCAAACCUUGAACUUUCACUGGUCCACCCACAUGGCAUGUAGGCGUUCAUGGUAA